GAGCUGCGGUCCUGCGAGCGGAGCAGGUACGGAGGGGCCCGGCCUCCCCGCCCGCGUUCAGCCGCAGACGCAUUUUGCACGGGGGUGGGGGGUGUGGACGAGCAGGCCUCGGCUUCCCAACCUCCCGGCUUUGUGGCUUGCUUUCCCUUUCGUUCUGCGCUCUGAGUGUCUGUUUACUCCGGGCCACCUGGGUAGUUCCUUUCCCGGUUGGGAGGGAGCGCCCGCAGCAGUUGGGAAGGGGAUGGUGGGUUCGGGCGAGUCGGCUCGGGCUCGCCUUGGGGUCGAGCUCGGGAAGGAGUUGCCCACUGGAGAGGGGAGGGGGCAGUGGCAGAGCUGGCAGCGAGGAGUCUCCGGGCUGCCGCGCGCGCCUCCUCCUCACCACAUCCACUCCAGGCUCCUUCCUGAGCUGGCACUUCCAUUCCCCCCUCCUCCUGGCAUGCGGAGCGCUUUGUUCAGUGCAGCGUUGCAGAGGGGUUUUCCCAGGCUCCGCCCUCCACAUUCAUUCAUGUUUUUUCGUCUUGCAACUGUCUUUACGCUUUUUUGAUCGUGUCAUGUUUUCGCUGCAUAUAGUAUCUCUUUCUUUCCUGUAAGGAAAUAGCGUAUUGCUCGUCCUAGUCGCUAUAAUGCUGCUGUCUUUGAAAAUGCUCACUUCCUUCCCGCAAGGAUUUAAACGUGGGAUGGACAGCUAGGGACAGUGGUUAAGGCAGUGAAAGGGGUAGCAGGCAGCAGUUACCGAUUGGGAAUUUACAUGUUUUACAUAUAUCCUCCGGAUCGUAUGAGAUCACACGAUUGGAUUACAAUUGGAGCUCAUACUUCAAAAACUUAGCAAAUAUGAUAAUAAUCUUAAAGCUGUAAAAUCAACAAGGAACGUAGUUAAGCAUUCGUAAAAUUUAUUUGGCCCUGAUAUCUGUGAAUUCGCCUAUUAGGAGCUUCUUGAAAAAAUGCUUUAGUGCAGGGGCUUGAGAAACCACGUAUUUUAUAGGUAAUUUUGCAGUACAUAGCCCUGGUGGCACAGUGUGUUAAGCGCUUGGCUGACAACCAAAAGUUGGGUGGUUCGAACCCGCUAGCAUUACUGAGGGAGGACAGGGAGAAAGAUGUGGCAGUCCCUUUCCAUAAAGAUUUACGGCCUGGAAACCCUAUGGGGCACUUCUCCUCUGUCCUGUAGGGUCGUUAUGAGUCGGAAUCACCAGGUUUGGAUAGUUGAUAUGUAUAGUGUUGGGUUAUCAUUUCAUAUUUUUAUUCAUGCAACUAAAAAUGCAUAUAUUUUUGUGCGAUGCCAGCAUAUAGCCAUGCCAGGGAUGAAGUAAUGAAGUUAAAUGUACCUGCUGUAAUGAAACCAUAAAUUUCUGAAAUUGUAUACAUAUUCUUUUUCAUAUAGGUUUUCAUAAGGAGAGUUAGUAUUUGACCAUUUUUAUGUGGGAGGCAGUGGGCAAGACAUGUACAUGUUUAGUUCAAUUCUUAUAACAACCUGUGAGGCAGAUACUAUUUUUCUUUGGUUUGCAGUUGGGAUAUCUGAACUUCAGAGAGGUUAAGUAAUGUGAUUAUAGUCACACAGUAAAGAGAAAAGCCUGGCUUUGAACCUAGUCUGGUUUGACGCCAAAACAUGUAGUCAUGACUUGCUAUGCCAUGUAUUCAGCCUGUUGAAAAAAACGCUGAGUGGGUAUUACUGUCUCUACUGAGGAAGGAAACCCUGGGAGUGAGUGAGUCGUGAUGCCGCAUGCCUUACUUGCCGACCUGGGGCAGAGUACUUAAUCUCUCCAUGACUCUGUUUUCUCAUCUAUGAGAUGAGUAAACAAUAGCUACCUUAGCUGGUAUUGUUAGGAUUAAAAUUAGCUAAUAUGUGUAAAGUACAUAGGAACACAGUAGAUACUCAGUAACUAUUUGUUUUGCAGUAUCAGAUGCCACAGUUAAAAAGUUUCAGACAAACCACUGGUAUCCCAUUAUUAUGUUUUUGUUUAAUAAUUAAAUAUUGUUUACUGUCUAAAGUCACCAUGGUGGGCUUUGCUUAUCCGCUUUAUUGCAGAAAGUUGAAACUAGAAUUUUAACUCUAGGAUCUUUGAGAAUCCUAAGAAGAGGAGAUUGAGCUGGCUGAUUUGGAGAGAGAGGUGAUUAGGUUUUGGAUUAAAAAACAAAUACACCCCAUGUGUUACAGAAUGGAACUGAACUCCAUAGGUUUUCUUGGCUGUAAUCUUUACAGGAGCAGAUCACCAGGCCUUCAGUGGUGCUGCUAGGUGGGUUUGAGCCAUCAACCUUGCGAUUAGUAGCCUAGCACAAACAUGUUGUGUCACCCAGGGACUCCUUGGAUUACUAUAGCUUUGGUAUAUUGUACUUGAGAUUGCUUUUUUUCCCCCCACAUAUGUAAGUCAGGAUAGACUAGGUUCUGCUACAGUAACAAGUAAUUCCAAAUCUCAGCGACUUAAAACAACAAUAGUUUCUUUCUUGUUUAUACUAUAAGACCGUGGUAGGAUAACUGGAGCUCAGCUCUGUGUUGUCACACUCACUGUCUGGGGGCAGUGCCGGUCCUGUGGCAGAGGCAAAAGAGAGCUCUGGGGGGGACCUUGCUUUGAUAGUUAAAUGCUGCAGCCUGCAAGUGAUGCAAGUCUCUCCUACUCACAGAUGAUCAGCCAAAACUAGUCAUAUGUUUCAGCGAAACAGAGGGAGGCAGAAGGUGCGCUCCUACUAUGAGUCUGGAAGGGCGAACUGAAAUAUCGGGGAGUGGCAUCAAUAGCAACCACAUUUAUAAAUUGAAUUAACUCUGUAAAACAAGAUGAGUGAAGGACCAUACCCUGCUCUCAAAGAACUUAUGAAUGAACAGACAUGUGCUCUAUAAAGCGUAUUUAUAACCUGAUGCUGUACUUUAAACGUACUUGGUAUAUGAUAGUAAAACACAGUUCAGUGAAGUUUUUCACUCUUCUCUGAUAAAAACAGUGAUUUUUAUUCCUGUUUUCUCAAUAAGAAGGCCCAGUUUUUGGCAAAAUGACUUGUCCUAUAAUUAAAAGUAAGUAAUCUACUGUAAUAGCGCCCUGCUUGGUUACCUUCUCUUGAAUUUAGAUUUACACUUUACUGAGAUAACUUUUGGGGAGUCUUUUUCAUUUGAAGGCAGUAAAAUGUAUUUUUUGCCUUUCUCCUCCCCCCCCUCACCCCCCAGCACAUGGAUUAAUUGAUGUAUGUUGAGUUUAUGGAGCUACCUUUUUGUGAGCGGCUCUUCGUGUACUUUCUGAGAGGGAAAAGUUGCCCCUGAAUCAAAGAUGCCUCGAACUAAACAGAUUCAUCCAAGAAAUCUAAGAGUUUCAAUGUAGAUUUCCAGAAGUUGAAUUACUACAUCAAGGGAUAGAGGUGGUUUUCAAAGAUCUUGAUACCCAUGACCAGAUUGCUUCACAGAGAAAUUAUAUUUUUCUUCCAUCAACUCCACGACAAAAUUGAAGAAGCACAGAAAGAACUGAAUGGGGCAGAAGUUUCAAAAAAAGACAUCUUAGAGGCUGGUAUUAAAGGAGCUUCAGAAUCACUUAAAGGUGUGAAACGGAAAAAGAUCGUAACUGAGAAUCAACUGAAAAAAAUACCAAAAUCCCCACUGAGAAAUCCUCUUCAGGCAAAACAUAAACAAAACAUAGAAGAAUCAUCUUUCAGUGUUCUUCAGGAUGCUUCCGAGUCUCACAAGAAACAGAACCAUAUUCCUAUAAAAAAUGGGAAGCAAUUUACUAAACAAAAUGGAGAAGCACCUGGAAUAAUUGCUGACACCUCUAAAUCUGAAGAACCCCUCUCCCCAAAGAAGCCCCUGUUUGUGCAACAUCCAUCUGAACUGCGCAGAUGGAGAUCAGAAGGCGCCGCUCCCACCAAGUCAAACUUCCUAGGUGGAAAAUGUGACUCUAGUUCUUUGUCAAGUAAAACCAGGACUGACAAUGGCGAAUGUAUGUCUUCUAACUGUAGUACUCCUUCCUCCUCCUAUACAAAUACUGCAUUUGAUGUCUUAUUGAAAGCAAUGGAGCCAGAACUGAGCACCUUAUCACAAAAGGGCUCAUCUUGUGCAAUUAAGGUAGAAAAACUGAGACCAAAUAAAACUGUACACUCACCUACUAAAUUAAAAAACAGUCCAAUGGAUGCCCCCAGUCAGACUUCACAAGAGUUUGUCGCUGAAUCACAGUCCUCUCCUUGUACCUCAUAUGUGGUGCAUGCGCCUGCCGCUCAGAAGAACGAGCAAACGGCAGCGCAGUCAGUUUCCCAUACGUAUGACCCACACGAACACUUUGCUUCUCCAUCUACCCAACCCAGUCAACAGCUUCCAGGGUGUCCAGGUUUCACAAGAGCCCUGACGAAUCUCCAAACUCAAGAGAACGCCAAACUUGAACAAGUUUAUAAUAUAGCAGUACCAUCAUCGAUAGGUCUGACUUCACCUUCCACUAGAACUCAGGUUAUCUCUCAAAACCAGCAAAUGGAUUCCACCCCACCUAUGUCAACAAGUCUGACAAAUUCCACACAGACCCCCUCCAUGCCAGUUUAUGAUUCAACCCCCGUUGCCCCUGUUGUUAAUCACAGUGCAGAACAAAUGUGCAAUCUUCUUCUGAAAGAUCAGAAGCCAAAAAAGCAAGGAAAAUAUAUUUGUGAGUAUUGCAGUAGAGCUUGCGCAAAGCCUAGCGUGCUUUUAAAGCACAUCCGCUCCCACACAGGGGAGCGACCCUAUCCCUGUGUGACUUGUGGAUUUUCAUUUAAGACUAAAAGUAAUCUGUAUAAGCACAAAAAAUCCCACGCACACACUAUCAAACUGGGGCUCGUCUUACAGCCAGAUUCGGGUGGUUUGUUCGUAUCACACGAGUCUCCCAAAGCACUUAGCAUCCAGUCGGACAUAGAAGACAGUGGUGAGAGUGAUGAUGAAGGCACUGCUGAUGAAAGACACAAUGACCCAGGCCCCAUGGAACUGCAGUCUGUCCAAAUAAUGAAAAUGGUAUCCAAUUCUGAAGCCUCAUCAAAGUCCAGUUCCAUUCCAAGCAAUCCAGAUCAUGGGGCAGGUGACUUUUCACGACAGGAGGACUCUUCCGAAUCACAUACUGUGACCGAGCUACCAAAAGUUGUGAUCCACCCUGUCAAUGUGUCCUCUUUAAGAACUGACAGUCCAAAGUUGACAGAGCCCAUGCUUGAACUUCCCAGUGCACAGAAGCAGAGUGACCUCCCUGUGACAAAGGUACUGUCAAAUUCAGCAGGCGUGUCCUCUCUGGAGAUAGAUGAGAAGUCCCCUCAGAAGAGAGACAUGAGUCACUCAGAAGGGAAACAAGAGCCUCAUGUAGGAACAGGACAUGCCCAGCUACAAAGGCAGCAGGCUACUGAUUACUCCCAAGAGCAACAAGGAAAACUUCUCCUGAGUCCGCGAAGUUUAGGAAGUACAGAUUCUGGUUACUUCUCCCGUUCUGAAAGUGCCGAUCAAACAGUGAGUCCACCAACUCCCUUUGCCAGAACAGUACCCACCACUGAACAAGAGCCAAAUAAGAAUAAUGGACCCUCUCCAUCUCGUAUCAGUACAUUAGCUCCUUCUGCUUUACCAACAGGUGAGAAAGCAUUGGUUUUACCAGGUCAGAUGCGCCCACCUUUGGCAACAAAAACCCUUGAAGAACGGAUAUCAAAGCUUAUCUCAGACAAUGAAGCCCUGGUUGAUGAUAAGCAACUGGAUAGUGUAAAGCCACGGAGAACAUCUCUCUCAAGACGAGGAAGUAUCGAUUCCCCCAAAUCAUACAUAUUUAAAGAUUCUUUCCAGUUUGAUUUAAAGCCAGUGGGACGGAGAACAAGCUCAAGUUCAGAUAUACCAAAGUCCCCUUUCACCCCGACUGAGAAAUCAAAACAAGUUUUCCUUCUGUCUGUACCUUCCCUUGACUGUUUACCUAUUACUAGAAGUAAUUCUAUGCCCACCACAGGUUAUUCAGCAGUACCUGCAAAUAUAAUACCUCCCCCUCAUCCACUAAGAGGAAGUCAGUCAUUUGAUGACAAAAUUGGCUCUUUCUAUGAUGAUGUCUUUGUAUCAGGACCCAACAUUUCCAUGCCCCAAAGUGGACAUCCCCGUACACUUGUCAGACAAGCAGCGAUAGAAGACUCUUCAACAAAUGAAAAUCACGUUCCUCUUGGUACUGGGCAGUCCAUGGAUGAAAGCUAUCAAGGAUGUAAUGCCUCUAGUGAAACCGUGUCAGCAAGGAACAAGUCACUGGCACAGGGAUCAAAUUUAGAGAAGAAGAAAUCUCAUCAGGGGCGAGGGACAAUGUUUGAGUGUGAAACCUGUAGAAACAGGUAUAGAAAACUGGAGAAUUUUGAAAACCAUAAAAAAUUUUACUGCUCAGAGUUACACGGGCCCAAAACAAAAGUAGCUAUAAGAGAGCCAGAACACAGCCCUGUGCCCAGCAGUACACAGCCUCAGAUUCUGCACUACAGAGUAGCUGCUUCCACGGGUGUCUGGGAACAGACACCCCAGAUAAGAAAAAGGCGGAAAAUGAAAAGUGUUGGUGAUGACGAUGAGCUUCAGCAAAAUGAAAGUGGAGCUUCUCCAAAAAGCUCGGAAGGUCUUCAGCUUCAGAAUACUCUGGGCUCUGCUUCCAUUAUGUCCAAAUGUAAUACUGCCAUAGCAAGUGACCACCAGCAGAAAAACAUGCAGUUGCAAAGCUCACAAAUUCAGCUUGUUGCCAGGGGCACCGACCAGACCAUAGAUCCAAAGCUGGCUACCAUUGUGGAGCAACAGAUAAGUUCAGCUGCCCAGGAAAAGAUAGAGUUGAAAAGGCAUGGAGCUGGAAUCUCUGUCAUACAGCAUACAAAUUCACUGAGCAGACCCAAUUCAUUUGACAAGCUUGAGUCUUUUGAAAAAGGUUCUCCCAUUUCCUUCCAGGAGCUGAGUAGGACAGUGAAGGCUGGGUCUCUGAAAGCAGUGGGGAGUUUUCAAGAGGAAGGCCACCCUUCUCGGAAUGUCUCUCAUCCUCAUCAGCCUGCGUUAUCAGACACUCUUAGAGGAGAGAUUUUAGAAAGUUCAAGAAAGAUUUCAAGUGAAAGAAAUGUGUUAGGACAGCCCUCAAGACUCAUGCGACAGCACAACAUCCAAGUCCCAGAAAUUCUGGUCACUGAAGAGCCAGAUCGGGACUCUGAAGCCCAAGGCCACGAUCAAGAAAAAUCAGAAAAGUUCAGUUGGCCUCAACGUAGUGAAACGUUGUCAAAAUUGCCGACAGAGAAACUGCCACCAAAAAAGAAAAGGCUUAGGCUGGCCGAGAUUGAGCAUUCCUCCACAGAGUCAAGUUUUGAUUCCACUCUGUCCAGGAGUCUAAGUAGAGAGAGUAGUUUAUCACAUGCCUCAAGUUUCUCAGCUUCACUAGACAUAGAGGACAUUUCUAAAACUGAGUCUUCCCCCAAAAUUGAUUUUCUAAACAAAGCAGAGUUUCUGAUGAUUCCGGCUGGCUCAAAUAUGCUUCAUGUUCCCGGAGCUCACCGAGAAAUGAGACGGGCUGUGUCAGAACAGAUUAACUGCAUGCAGACAUCGAUGGAGGUCUCUGACUUCAGAAGCAAGUCGUUCGACUGUGGAAGCAUAACUGCACCCCAGGCGAUACCACUGGUUGAUGUGCAGCCUCCAGCAUCCCCCUCCGGCAUGGGGGUUACCGGGCACGUGCCCCUCUUAGAGAGAAGAAGAGGGCCGUUGAUACGGCAGAUAUCUUUAAAUAUAGCUCCAGAUAGUCAUGUACUUCCUGUGACCCCAUCGUCAUUCCAGACUGUUGCUUCUCCAGCCAGGAACCCCGUGCCAUUUCAGAGACCUCAGAUCACUAAUACAUCGUUAGUUGAGUUUCCUGCAAAUGCCGUGCAUCCCCAGGCCCAAGUUAAGGACCUGCAAACAGAAACUUCAAAGUCCAACUCAACUAACUUAUUUCCUGUUCAACAGCUUUUUGGUCUCAAUGCGUUAAAUCAAAUCCAUGCAUCUUCUAACUACCAAAAUACACACAUGUCUCUGAAAGUGGCUACACAGGCUGACAAACCAGACGCAAGUCCUGCCUUGUGUGCACCUUCCAAAAGCGAGGAUUGCUUCGCUCCCAAGUACCAGCUGCAGCUUCAGGUUUUAACCUCAAGCCAGUCUUACUCUUCUAAUCCUACGUGUUCUUUGCCAAAUCAAGUUCUUUCAGAUCCAGGUGGUGGAGACCAUUGCAUAGCUUCAUUAGCAUUACCAACCAAACUGGUAGAUAAGGUGUCCGAUUCAUGUGUUCUGCCACCACCAAAGCUUGGGCCACUCGACAGUGAGGUACACAAGGCGUCAUCAUCGUUCCUGGUGCCCGUGCGUCUGCAGAAUAACAUCCCAGCCUACUGUUUCCCUACAGUCACAUCUCUGCCACAAAUUCUAGUGACUCAGGAUCUAUCAAAUCAACCAGUUUCCCAGGCUAACACUACUAUAGUGCCAAUCAGCGAAGAACAAAAUUCUGUGCCAGAAUUGCAAAAAGAUUACCAGAAUGCUUUGCCAAACCCAGAAAGGGAACUCAUCUGUGAAAAUGUUUUUUCGGAGCUGUGCCAAAAGUCUUCUUUGUCAGAAUCCUUGCCUAUAACUCAGAAAAUGUCUGUUGGUAGACUUUCCCCCCAACAAGAAUCUUCAGCUUCGAGUAAAAGGAUGCUUUCCCCAGCAAACAGUUUGGACAUUGCCAUGGAAAAACACCAGAAGCGGGCUAAAGAUGAAAAUGGAGCUGUUUGCACGACAGAUAUUGGGCCAUUGGAACCACUGAGUUCAAGAGCUAAUGAAGUUAAUAAACAGAAGAAACCCAUCUUAGUGAGGCAAGUUUGUACUACAGAGCCCAUUGAAGGCGUGAUACUGCAACAGGAUGUUUUCUCCCAACCUGAAAUCAGCCGAAAGGCUAUUAAUUUGACUGAUGUUUUACCAACUGAUAAUUCUUCAUCAGGCCACCCUGAGUCUGGAAUCAUAGAACCUGUAAAUGAAUUGCAAGAAUUUGAAAUCAGGCCCUCCACAUCACUAACUCUCACAGUUAGAAGCUCGCCUGUCCCUUCAGAAAAUACUCACAUUUCUCUUUUGAAAAGUAUAGACAAUAACCAAGAAAGGAAGUCUCCACCAAUGGUUAAGAGUCAAGGUGACAACAUCCAAGAAAUUAAAUCAGUCAGCACUCAUUCAGUGUUUAAGGCAGGAGACACACAGCAGCGGUCCUUUCCCAGUCUGAAGACCACAACCAACUAUACAUGGUGUUAUCUACUAAGGCAGAAGUCAUUGCACUUGCCUCAGAAUGACCAGAAAACUUCGGCAUAUACUGAUUGGACAGUAAGCUCUGGUAAUCCAAAUCCACUUGGUUUACCUACAAAAGUUGCUCUUUCUCUCCUUAAUUCAAAACAGAAGACCGGAAAGUCACUAUAUUGUCAAGCAGUAGCUACGCAUUCCAAAUUAGAUCUAUUGGUCUACUCAAGCAAGUGGAAGAGCAACUUAAGCAAGAAAGCAUUAGGUAAUCAAAAGUCCACAGUAGGUGAAUUCAGCAAUAAAGAUGCCUCUGAAAUUAACAGUGAGCAAGAUAAAGAAAAUUCCUUAAUCAAAAGUGAACCAAGAAGAAUUAAAAUAUUUGAUGGAGGAUAUAAGUCAAAUGAAGAGUAUGUAUAUGUCCGAGGCAGAGGAAGAGGAAAGUACAUUUGUGAAGAAUGUGGAAUACGUUGUAAGAAACCUAGCAUGUUAAAGAAACACAUACGAACCCAUACUGAUGUCCGCCCUUACCACUGCACUUACUGUAACUUCUCCUUUAAGACGAAAGGAAACCUGACAAAACACAUGAAGUCCAAGGCACAUAGCAAGAAGUGUGUGGAUUUAGGCGUCUCAGUAGGUUUAAUAGAUGAACAAGAUACAGAAGAAGCAGAUGAGAAGCAAAGAUUCAGUUACGAGCGGUCGGGGUAUGAUAUUGAUGACUCGGAUGGCCCCGAUGAGGACGACAAUGAGAAUGAAGAUGAUGAUGAGGACAGCCAGGCUGAGUCCACCCUGUCCGCAGCCCCCUCCGUUGCAGCCAGCCCGCAGCACCUGCCUUCCAGAAGCAGCCUGCAGGACUCCGUGAGUGCGGAUGAGGAGACCAGGAUCCCCGACUGCUUCUCAGGGGCACACACAGACCCGAUGGACGUUCUGCCGAGAGCAUUGCUCACCAAGAUGACGGUGCUUAGUACAGUGCAGUCGGACUACAGUCGGAAGACAAGGUCUCCCGGGAAGACCAGGCAGCGUGCUACAAAAGAUGAAGACGAGUCCAUCACAUGUGCAGACUCUUCCAGGUCGCCUGAAGCUGCACCCAAAUCCCCGUGUCAUCAGAUGUCUGUGGACUACCCUGAACCAGAAGACGUCCUGAGGUGCUCUGUGGCAGGAAAGGCUGUUGCUUUAACACAGAACAUGUCGUUUGUGAGACUCCAUCCUCCCGCAGCCGACCCCAGCCCUCAGUCAGCCACGGUAGUUCCCUCAGUGGCCUUGCCUCAUCCUGACACUCAAGAACAGAAGCAGCAAAUAAGUCUGCACCCGACUCCAGGCUUGCCUUCUCCCCAAACUCACUUGUUCAGCCACCUUCCUUUGCAUUCCCAACAGCAGUCAAGGACACCUUACAAUAUGGUUCCGGUUGGGGGGAUCCAUGUGGUACCUGCUGGCCUCACAUACUCCACCUUUGUACCAAUUCAAGCGGGGCCGAUGCAGCUCACGAUUCCUGCCGUCAGCGUCAUCCACAGAACUGUGGGCACUCCCGGAGAUACAAUCACAGAAGUUUCUAGCACUACGCAUCCCGCCGGAGUGGCUGAACUAAGUAGUGUUGUGCCAUGUAUUCCCAUUGGCCAAAUCCAGGUCCCGGGCCUUCAGAGCCUUGGCACACCAAGCUUGCCAUCACUCCCCUCGCUCAGCAUGGAGACUGUCAACAUCUUAGGCCUCGCCAACACAAACAUGGGCCCGCAAGUGCAUCCUCCGGGCCUCGCGCUGAACGCUGUCGGCCUGCAAGUGUUAACUGCAAACCCUCCCUCACAAAGCAGCCCCAGCCCUCAGGCACACAUUCCGAGUCUCCAGAUUGUGAACAUAGCGUUGCCUACGCUGAUUCCCUCAGUGGGCCAGGUGACUGUCGAUGCCCAGGGAACUCCAGAAGGACCAGCAUCUCAGAACCAAGCACGCGAGAUGCAACCCAAGUCAACUCCCGCAGCCAGUGCAAAUCAGGUCAGCAGGGCCGAAUCUCCUCAGGGGUCACCUACAGCCCAGCGAGAAAAUGCAAAAAAAUCACUCGAGCCUCCUGCCCCUGCCACUGACCUCGCAAGGCUUGAUGGCACCAGUGACGUGGGCGCCCAGAAGGCGGCCUCCAUCAACCACGUAACGCCAAAGCACGAGCUCCUGUCCACGUCAGAGCCGCUGCUGGACGUGCGUCUGGAACGGCCCACCCAGCCCGUGGGCCCCCAGACCCUCUCUCCACACAGACGGGCCCGCCGGCCCACAGGCCCGCCCCGCAGACAGGCCACCGUGCAGUUCAGUGACGCCAGCAGCGACGAUGAGGACCGGCUUGUCAUAGCGACCUAGUGGUUUUUAUUUUAUGUUGCUGUUUUUUUUUUAAAUAUAACACUUAAAAGGUUUUUUUUGAAAACCCUCCUUUCCUGAAAGCACAUUUUUCUGACAUAAACUCAUUACUAAUCUUUGUGCAAUCAUGAACUUUUGACCAAUAAUUGUUGUUUUGUGUCUGCUCCAGCCAUUUUUGUACAUGUUGUAUAGACAAUUGUGCCUUUUAGGAGUUUUGUUUAGAAACUGUACAGAUUGUUGAAUAUCUAUAUACAUAAAGUAUAUAUUAUAUAUGUAUAUUAAAACCAGGUAGUUAUUUGUGUUUAGUAAAAAAAAACCUGUCAGAUAAAUCAAAUGAUUAAAUUAUAUGUUGCACUGUUAAAUAUAAAUUUUUAUGGCUGUGGGGCAGAGUUUCUGUGUACAAAUUAGUAUGUAAACUCCAUAUUUAUUGUAUCCAUAUUAGUCUUCGAAAAUGGGUCUGUCAUCCUCCUUGUGUAAGACAGUAACUUUACAUGUCAGACGGAUUUUCUGUGUUAUGAAAUGUUUCAGUAAAAUGUUGUUUACUGACUUUA